CAGCUGUUGGGCUGCGCAGAAAAGACCAAAAGUUAAUUUUCUUGUUAUUGUUAAAGAAACUCUAAAAAUUAACUAUUAUUGUGGGCACUUUGCAGCGUAAGUGCAGACAGGAUGGGCAAUCAACUGGUGGGCAUUGCCCCUUCGCAGAUCUACGCGGUGGAGCACUAUUUUUCCGGACAGUUCGGGUCCGAAAUCACCUUCAGUUCCAACAUGGGCAGCACGCGAUUCUUCAAAGUGGCCAAGGCGAAAACGGAUGAGGGCCAGAUCGUGGUCAAAGUAUUUGUGAAGCAUGAUCCCACAUUACCACUGGAGGAUCACAAGGAGCGACUGGAGGGCAUCAAGAAGACACUCUCGCUGGCAAAUGCAGUCAAUUGUUUACCCUUUCAACGGGUGGAGCUCAUUGACAAAGCCGCCUACAUAAUGCGGGAGUAUGUAAAGCACAGUCUGUACGAUCGCGUGUCCACACGCCCCUUUCUCACGGUGCUGGAAAAGAAGUGGAUCACAUUCCAGAUCCUGUGCGCCUUGAAUCAGUGCCACAAGCAGAAGAUCUGCCACGGGGACAUCAAGCUGGAGAACAUCCUGAUCACCUCCUGGAACUGGAUCCUGCUCUCGGACUUUGCAUCCUUUAAGCCCACAUAUUUGCCAGAGGACAACCCCGCGGACUAUACGUACUUCUUCGAUACGAGUAGGAGGAGAACCUGCUACAUAGCCCCCGAGCGAUUCGUCAAAACACUGGCCUCGGAUGAUGAUGGUGGCAACGGCAACAUGUCGGUCAUUCACACUGAUUCCAUUAUUCGCCUGGCGCCCAGCUAUGCCGGCAAUACAUUGUUACCAGCCAUGGACAUCUUUUCGGCGGGCUGUGCCUUGCUGGAACUCUGGACGGAGGGCACGGCGCCCUUUGAACUCUCCCAGCUGCUGGCUUACAGACGGGGUGAGCGCGAUCUGGUGGAGAAGCAUCUGGCUGGCAUCGAAAACGAAGGGCUGCGCAACCUGCUGGCCUCCAUGAUCGACAUCCACUCGAUGAACCGAAAGAGUGCCGAGGACUACCUGGAUCAGGAGCGCGGUCAACUGUUUCCAGAAUAUUUCUACUCCUUCCUCCAGUCCUACUUGCAAAUGUUCAGCUCAACGCCAAUCAUGUCGCCGGAUGACAAGAUCCAGUGUCUGCAUAAGGACAUCGGGCACUGCAUAAAAGUGCUGACUCAGGUGCAGGAUUUGUCACCGGAAGAGGAGAAUAAGGAUGGUCAGCAGGAGAAGAAAGACCCCACGCUGUGUGCACGGCUACCGCCGGAGCACGAUGGUCUUAUUCUGAUCAUCACAGUGGUCACGUCCUGCAUUCGAGGUCUCAAGCAGUCGAACACCAAAAUUGCAGCCUUGGAACUCCUACAGAAGCUGUCCAAGUACACGACUUCGGAGACCAUCCUGGAUCGCAUAUUACCCUACAUUCUCCAUUUGGCCCAGAAAUCGCCAGCCAAGGUACAAGUUCAGGCCAUUGAAACGCUUACAGCCUGUCUGGGCAUGGUAAAGGACAUUCCGCGCAGCGAUGCCAACGUGUUUCCCGAGUACAUCCUGCCGUUCAUCACGGAAUUGUCCAGCGAGUCGAGUGCCGUGAUUGUUCGCGUGGCCUUCGCCCGGAAUAUUGCUGCACUGGCCAAGAGCGCUGUUUACUUUCUGGAGGAGACGCAGCGCAAUGCUCCGAAUGAGAUGCCCACUCCACGUUACGAGGCUGAGCUGAAUGCUCUCCAUGACAUCGUAAGACAGGCGGUACUCAGUCUGCUGACGGAUUCCCAGCCGGUGGUCAAGCAAACUCUGAUGGAGUCGGGCAUUUGCGACCUGUGCGCCUUUUUUGGCAAGGAAAAAGCCAACGAUGUGAUACUCUCGCACAUCAUGACCUUUCUAAAUGAUGAGGACAAGAAUUUGAGGGGAGCUUUCUAUGACAACAUUGCCGGAGUGGCUGGCUAUGUGGGAUGGCAGGCGUCGGACAUUCUGGUGCCCCUGUUGCAGCAAGGGUUCACGGAUCGCGAAGAGUUUGUCAUCGCAAAAGCCAUUCGUGCGGUGACCAUUCUCAUCGAACUGGGUCACAUCAAGAAGCCAGCGGUGACGGAAAUCGUCCAGGAGACAGCCUGUUACUUAUGCCAUCCCAAUCUGUGGGUUCGUCACGAGAUCUGCGGCAUGAUCGCCACCACCGCCCGCAACCUUAGCGCCAUCGAUGUGCAGUGUAAGAUUAUGCCAGCAAUUGGCGCGUUUCUCAAGGCGCCGCUAAUCCAGGUGGAGAAGCCACACAUUCUGUUGGACUGCGUGCAGCCGCCAGUGCCGCGGCAGAUCUUCGACAGCGUGCUGCGCUUCCAGGACAUUCAUCACUUCCUCAGAGCGCUCCAGGAUCGAUCGAGGGUGCGUAGCCAGACCAGACAUGGAGCCCUGCCGCAAUACGAGGAGAUGGGGCAGACGCUGAGGAAUCUUUUUAGACGCCUAAGCUCUGAGGGAUUGACGGAUCUCAUUGAGAUGCAGCUGCUGGCCAUGAACCCGUUCCUGAUCUCCAUGAAGCAUAAAUCCCUUCAGGAUCUGGACGACACUGCCUCUGGCAAUGGGCGCAUCGUGGUCAGUCGCAAGCAAGUCGCUUGCCAUGAAUAUCCGCUGGCGGACAAGGCCACUAAAAUGCCCUUAGAGAUCCGAUCUAGCGAGGGACCGACAUUGGUGUCCCCCGCCUCGGAUGCAGCGAUCACACCGCUGGGCACUGGCGGAUUGGCCGGCAGUCCAGCCUCCGGAGCUGUGGUCCUUGGCGUGCCGACUGCCACCGUGAGUGCGGCCACUUCACUGGGCGAGUACACGAUGCCGGAGCGGAACUGCUGGCUGGAGCGCUCCUCCGAGUGCCGCAAGGAUCUCGAGUCGCUGACGACCAAGAUUAAGAGUCGCUACAACGUGCUGGCCAUCUCGCAGCGCUGCAGCUACGACAAGUUGGUGACGCCCUAUUCCCCUGGCUGGCGGAUGAACGGCACCCUGGUGGCCCAUCUUCACGAGCACUCGGAGUCCGUGAUCAAGCUGGCAUCGCUGCGUCCCCACGGAUCACUCUUUGCCAGCGGUAGCAUCGACGGCACCGUGCGACUGUGGGACUGCAGCAAACUGAACGGCAAUCAAGGGGUGAACAAAUCGAGGCAGGUGUACUCGGCCAACACGCCCAUUUACGCCCUGGCCGCCUGCGACAGUGGACAAUCGCUGGCGGUGGGCGGCAAGGAUGGCAGCAUGCUGAUGAUGCGCAUCGAUCGGAACUCCACCAAGAUGACGCUCCAACAGGCGCUGGAUCAGAAUGAUCAUAAAGACGGGCCCGUUGUGGACAUGCAUGCCUACGAUCAAGCUACGCAAAGUGUCAUCGUGUACGCCACGUUGUACGGCGGAAUCGUGGCCUGGGACACGCGGAUGCAGCACAGCGCCUGGCGACUGCAGAAUGAACUGCGGCAUGGGGUGAUCACCACCAUCUGUGCGGAUCCCACGGGCUCUUGGCUGGCCACCGGCACCAGCGGAGGCAAACACAUUUGCUGGGACCUGCGCUUCCGCCUGCCCAUCGCCGAGAUCAAACAUCCGGCCGACUCCUGGAUAAGGAAGGUUGCCUGCCAUCCCACGGAGCCCUCAUAUCUCAUCUCCGCCUCGCAGUCGAACAACGAGGUGUCCGUGUGGAACAUCGAGACGGGUCAGCGCCAGACGGUAUUGUGGGCCAGUCCGGUGGCGGCCUUGUCCAGCGCCAGUCCCAGCGAUCCGGCCACCACGUGCGGCAUCCUCAGUGGUGUGGUCGACGGCUCGCCCUUCAUUCUCACAGGCAGCUCGGAUCAGCGCAUCCGGUACUGGGACAUCGUCAACCCCAAGAACUCCUCGCUCAAAGUGCCGGCUGCCAAUGAUAAUCUGGCGGACGUGGCCUUCAGCUACAGUGUCCGCUUAAUUGAUGGCAGCCAGGUGGUCGAGGAGCAGAUCAUUUCCAUGGCCAGCACGGGUGACUCGCAGCAGCUGCGCUCCUCCACGGAGGAGAAUCCCCGGUCGGGGCCGGAUAUGCCCACGGCGAGUCACCACGACGCCAUCACGGAUCUGCUGAUGUGCAAGGACAAGGGCCAGAUCUACAUAGCCUCGGCAUCGCGCGACGGUGUCAUCAAGCUGUGGAAGUGAGCGCCCGCUAUAUAGUAUUUAAUUAUUCAACUGUGAUUAGCCUAAUUAACUGCAAUAUGUGUAACUAUUAAAUAAACUGCUUGUAAACUGUG